AUGUCCUCACCAAAUAUUACACCGCGGCACUCGCGGCGGUCCACCAUGGACUACUCGCCACAAGACCGGCGGAACUCCAAGUCGUCCUCUGUCCAGGACCCCUCCACGCCCUCCCACGAGUCGCGUCCGUCGUUUGGCAACAGUGAUGGCCUGGACGUGUUCAGCAGCAGCGCGGCGUGGGACGACGAAGACGCGGGAGAUCGAGAGGGAGGCGGCGGGCAGCGCGACAGCGGCGUCGACAUAGCACUGGCAUCCAGCCCUGGAGCGCAGCGGACAAGGAACACGAGCCUCGACCUGCCGACAGCCAACGGAAGCGGCAACGCACGGGGUCGACACCACGGCCACCACAAGCGCAGCAGCGUCUACGACGGCUCAGAGUACGGCUCAGACUCGGAUCUAGACACGCCGGGCAUGCCGCCCAGCCUGGUGGCCAAGAUGGAUGCCGUCGAGUCGUUGGCACGACGCGGGACAGAGGAGAACGGCGGGCCGAGCGACGGCGUCUGCCGGCGUCUGAUCGAGGAGCUGCGCGACCUGGGAUCGCAGGCAAACAUUGAGGGAGGAGCAUCGAGACUGAUCACGGCCCACUCCGCUCUGACGACACAUCUGGCACACCAGACACGACAGCUGCACGCGCUGGCGUUCCCUCUCUUUUCGCCGCUGGCCGUGUCGCCACUGAUGACAGUAGGGGGUGGCGGCGGUGCUGACGGUGACGACGGCGACGACGACGAGGAAGACAAGGACUCGCUGUCGCCGAUGCUGACGGCGCUGGCCGACCAGAUGCCACGGCCCAGCACGGCGGCAUACCAGUCGCUGGCGGCGCUGCACGGGCUGACAGGCGACCUCGUGGCGACGCUCAACUACCUGUCGGACACGCUGCACAUGGCACGACAGACGACGACGACGGCGACACGGCGACUGCGCAGCGCCAAAGAGCUGGUGGCCGAGAUGCGGCGCGACGAGGAGCUGCGGGAAGAGGGCGAGCGAUGGCUGGCCCGCGGCAACUGGGACGAGCGGCUGCGACGGCGCGAGUGCGCCCACGUCUGCGGCGAGGUUGUCGGCGGCUUUGAGGAGGUCUGCAACGGCUGGCGGGCGCGGCUGCUGGCCCAAGCAGAGGCGGCGCAGGCGUCCGCAUAA